AUGGGUCAAAGCAAGCCUACUGACAUCAAUGCUCUCGUAAAUUAUGCUCAGUCAUCUCCCCAGGCAGAUCCUGGAAUAGCUGCGCUGGCCAGCUAUCAACUGCGGUCUCAAAGAUUAUUGAACAGCAGCACAAUGAUGUGGGGGGCUUCGAUGGACGAUCCGACUGCUCGUGCGCUGCCUGAUAAUUCAUCAUACUCUGCAGGAUUCCUGGAACUAUCGCUAGGGCCUCCAUCGGAACCCCCACUCGCUUGGGAUAUCUCGUCGACCUUCAUUAGCACUAUCGACAAUCAGAUCACACUAGCAAUGUGGGAUGUCGAAGAGCAGCGGAUGGAUUCAUUUACAAACUCCAAUACAGGUAUGCGGUUGAUAGAGAUGCCGUUCCAAGCUGAGCAAACGCCGCCUCCUUCUGGCUCCCCGGAUAGUGCAUGCGCAGACUCUGGGAACUAUCUCGGCGAGAUGGGCCAGUCUCUUCCUCUAGAAGGCCGAGAUACCGGGGCUAGCAGUGACUUGAACCUCGAGAAACCCGAUGACGCAUGGAAGAGGGUUCUCCAGCUUGCCAUCGUCGCAGCUGGAACUGCUACUUUCGUUCCUCAAGCUCUAUAUCAGCCGCGAGGAGAAACAGAUCGAGAGAAGUACGUAUACACGGCAAACUUAUCCCCGCCUAUCUUGUUCUACGCGGACAAGCCCUUUGAGUUGGGUAUAGCCCUGAAAGAGAUUUUAACGACAAGUUCGAGACGUCUUAUCGAUAAGGACGACCUGGUGCUUGAAGGCGGUGGCCGAUCUAUCUCGGUGAGAAUAGAGUGGCCUGGCUAUCCUUCCUGGAGUUGUCAGCUCGCUACCAGGGACUAUCGCAAGACACCAGGCCCCAUCACCAAAGCAAGACUUGCAAAGAACCUUGCAACCUGCAUCCGCAGAUUCGUUAAAAAAAUGGCAACUCGCCGCAUGGAAUCUGACUCUGACCCCGUGUGGAUGGUUGGUCCCCGUCACAUAAAUGUUGAAGAUCUCAUCCUUGUCAGUCUUCAUCAUGUGUCCCAAGGAAGUUGGCAGCCUCAGUUGCGACUUCAGAUACGGGGUGCAUCAUCGAGUAGAGCUUAAUGAUCUUCAGGUUAGCCCCAUUUUGCGUAGUGGGCAACCUAAUUUCUCAGGCUGCUGGAGUUAAUUUUCCCUCGAGACUCCGGCUGCCGAAUCUUUCCAUCUCUUAUCUCUUCAAAUCUCAUGCCUCGUUGCCGUUUGUGACGGUCUGUGGCAGAUUUCCUUGCGUCAUUUUCUCGUUCCCAAACUUCCUUCAUAAGUCAACGUGUUAUCAUGCUUUCUGUCAUCUUAUUUUCGUAACUAUCCGAUAAAUUCUUACCCUACAAAUUGUACAAUCUGUUCGGCUACAAGAAGCUUUAGCCAAAAUAGUAGCAUGUCCAACAUGUACAAUAAAAUCCCUUGCUAUCACACCUCAGCAUUCUUUUACGUUCUUGUACUUAACUUUGCAGGGACACCUUUUUGGUCAUUAGCUUAUUGUCCGCCACGUGUGCUGUACCUUCAGAUGGCACGGUGGUCAACGGAUGCGUUGGACAAGGUUGGACGUUUCUUAUUCUUUGCUUA